AUGAAAGAAAAUUACAACUUUUUUUUAUAUGUUCCAUUUAUUUUUUUUUUUUUACUAUGGAACUCUACAUAUGUAUGUGGGCAAAUAAAGGAUAAAGUAAAAGUAAAGCAAAUUGCAAAAUUUUUUGAAAAUUAUAAUAAUUCACCUAACUCUCGUGUAUAUUUAGAUGAAAAUAAUUCUAUAGGGGAACACUCUCAAAAUAGAGAUCACUUAUUAAAUAGAAGAGACAUAAUAAAAGAUGAAAAUAUUGAGUCUUUGAGUAAUGAUAUUGAUAAAGAUUCACUUUCCUUUUAUGAAGGAGUAAAUGACACCGGAUAUGAUGAAAAUUCUUAUCAACGAAAUAAAAGAAAUAUAUUACAGGAAUAUACUGAUGAUGACUCUGAUAUAUAUGAUGAAGCAUAUGCAAACGAUAAAAAUAAACCUAAUGUUAAAAAUCCUCGUUUGUACUUAGGUAAAUCUUUUGAAGACUUUCAUAAUGCUUUAGGACUUACUAUAGACGAUUUUAAUUCAGGUACAGAUUCUUACUACGAAAAGGAUAACAUUUUCAGUAAAUCCUCGAUCUCUAACGAAUCCAUAUAUGAUAAUAUUCAAUUAGAUAAAUCAAAUGUAUAUGAAAAUUUUAACACGGAAUCAGAAAAAGUUAAAACCGGUUAUCCACAUUUAAGUGUUGAAAAGGAACCAUUUGAUGCAUAUAAAUCAAGAAAUUCAUAUAAUACACCUUUAUAUGGAGAUAAAAAUAAAGAUCAUGGAAAUUAUUCAAAAUAUACUGAACAUAUAUAUGAUGAUCCAGAAUCCUAUUUACGUCAUAAAAAUGAAAGUAUAUAUAAUAAACCAGUAUCCUAUUCAAGACGUAAUAAUGAAAGUAUAUAUGAUGAACCAUUAUCAUAUUCAGGACAUAAUAAUGAGAAUACAUACGAUGAAGUAUUUAGAACGCCACAUACUUCUAAUAAUAAUAUAUAUGAUGAGGCAAUACUUCACUUAUCAAGAAGGAAUUCAUCUGCAGAUAAAUCUCCUGUAUUAGUUAGAUCUAAAUAUGAUACACCUGUUGAAAAUGAUGAUAGUAUAAAUCAUGAUAAUAUAUUAUCGAGUGAAAAUAAUGUAGGGCAUAAUUCUAGAGAAGAAAGACCACCUACAAUUCCUCCCUUUGAUUUCAAUGCAGAAAAAAAUUUUCAUAAACGUUAUGAUUAUAAUGAUCAACUAGGAAAUACAAAUAAUUAUUUUAUGGAAAAUUCAGAUACCAUUCAAAAUAAGAAGGGAUUCUUAGGAUUUUUCAAAAAAAAUAAAAGCAAAAAUAAUUCUACAAAGGAUACACAAAGGUAUGAAGAUACUUCUAGGAUAAUAAACGAAAAAUUAAAUGAAAGAUAUGGAAAUAGUGAGAAUUUAACUGAACUAGAAAUGUUUAAUAAAUACCAAGACAAAUAUUUUUUAAAUAGAAUUGUUAAUGUUUCUAAUAGUCGUAUAAAAAAGAUGUUAGGAAAAGAUAGUCCUAGUACAGUACCAGUCACACACGAAUUGGAAUCAGUUACAGGGAAAUGUCUAGUGAAAAAUAUACCUAUGUUAUCUAAUGAUAUUAUGUUAAAAAAUUUAUGUUUUAAUAAUUUAAGAACAUUAAAAUAUUAUCAACAAAUAAUUUCAAGUAUGGAUUUUAAUUGUAAAUCUAAAAACAAAAGUUGUAUAGAUAUAGGACCCAUGGUUUAUAAUGAAAGCAAAACCGUAAAUUCUAUUAUAAAUAUAUUACCUAAUAUUUACACUUUAAACAUGACUGAAUUUAUUUUAACAAAUCCAAAAUUAUGCAAACAAUUUAAGUUAGAACUUAAAAAAAAAAAAGAGAAAAACUACUUAAAUGUAACAGACAUUGUUUUGUUACUUUCAAACUCAUAUUUUAAAAGAGUAAAUCCAAGAUUAGUUAAUCAUAUGCUUACAUUUCUUAAAACUCAAAAUCACACUCACCUUAUCAAAUAUUACCUUGGUGUUUUGAUAUCAUUUUCUCCAUUUAUUAAACCAGCAAUUAAAAUAUACUUUCAUGAGAAUUAUCAUAAUUUAACUCCUCACUUCCUAGAUUUCAAAAUUAAAAGUAUCAUAUAUGAUUUAAUAGGAAUAGCUCAUAGAUGGACUGCAGUAUUUAAUAAAGAAAGUACACAACAAACUACUAAUAUAAAUACUAAUAUGCUAAAAACGCUUAAAAAAUUUUAUAAUAAUACAAACGUGAGGUUCUAUAAAAAAUUCAAAUCAUUGGAGAGUAUUUUAUCACAUGAAAAAAUACUUAAUGAUCAUCAGGAAAAAAAUUAUGAGAGACUUAAGGCUAUAAAUGAAAAUAUUAUGAAGUAUAUGAAUAAUAUAUACUCUCUAUUUUUUACUAAUAAAGAAAGAUAA